AAUCAAGGAACCAGAGGAGAGUGUUCAUGGUCUGGGAAUAAAAACAGAAUCUAGGUAGACAGAUAGAUACUUUAUUCAUGUCAAUGAGAAAUUCACAGACUCAGUCAGGAUCUGACUGAGAUUUAAGAUAAACCAUGGAAGGGACACGUCUACUUCAAUAUCUAUGGCAGAGGCACUGUGGAAAAACUGACGGCUAGGAUGUUCUUUCCGCUCAACCUGGUUCCCUUUAUAUCUAAGCGCCAUGAAGAGGAUUGUCUGAAGGGAACGGUGAAUUGGCAGUAGACUCUGACUCAGACACCAACCACAGUACUGUUAUAGUGACCCAGUGCCUGAGGAGGAGGACAUCAUGAUCUCCACAGCUCUCCGUUGGCUGGUCCUGGUGUCUUUUAUCAUUCUGACCGUAGGUGGAAACAUGCUGGUGUGUCUGGCUGUUGGGCUCAGCCGUCGACUGUGGCGCAUUGCUAACUGCUUCGUGGUGUCACUGGCAGUGACGGAUCUCCUGCUGGGACUGGUGGUGUUGCCUUUUUCUGCCACCUUGGAGCUGCGCAGUGGGAAAUGGCCCCUCGGAGGAACCCUGUGCAAUAUCUACAUCUCGCUGGAUGUCAUGCUGUGCACGGCCUCCAUCCUGACCCUCUUGGCGAUCAGCGUCGACCGAUACCUGGCCAUUUCAGCUCCCCUCAGACACUCCCAGAGAGUUACUCCUCUGAGAGUAGCGCUGGUCAUCACCGCCAUCUGGGCCUUGUCACUAGCUGUGUCCUUUGUGCCCAUCCACAUGGGCUGGAACACGGCAGACUACAGAGUGCAGCACUCAGACUGGGACAUGGGGGAUGAGAACAUGGAGGGACGCUACUGCCAGUUUGAAUGGAAUAACAACUAUGUUCUCCUUUAUGCCUUUGGCACAUUUUACCUGCCACUGAUGCUCAUGUGUGGAAUGUAUCUUUGCAUAUUCAGAGUGGCACGAGAACAGGUGCGGCGUAUCCGUGCUGCAACCCCAUCGUUUGCACGCACAGCGACUGCAGCCAUAGCCCGAGAGCACAAAGCUACGGUGACCCUGGCGGCUGUACUGGGGGCUUUCAUCAUCUGCUGGUUCCCCUACUUCACCUUCUUCAUCUGCAUGGGCAUGGAGGAAAAGACAACCCCCCCUAACACACUUCACUCUGUGGUCCUGUGGUUGGGCUACUUUAACUCAGCCCUGAAUCCCAUCUUGUAUCCAGCCUUCAACAGGGAUUUCCGCAAGGCCUACGCAGAGCUUCUUCGCUGCAGAGGGCCGUCACGCAGAAAGCGGCAACUCACCCCUGUGUCAGUGCAUAAACGGUUGACCUUUACUAAUGGACGUCUCCCCCGACAGUCUGAGAAACAUAAUAACACGGCUCAGAAAGAAACAGAGGAGAAGCACCUCACUCCUCACGAGAGAAAUGGCGUCCCUGGUGAGCUGAGAUGACUGGUUUCUGUUUCACAGAUGGACCGCAGCGUGGUAGCACACUACUGCGUGAUGAUUGUGAAACUUGCUCAACUCGCAGUACCAGAUUAGCUAACAAUUUACAGCACAAGUUAAGACGAUUAGUGCCAAAGAUUAUACGAUUCAAGGCACAAAACUAAGAACGUUACACAACUGUUUUGUUGGUGUAUUUGAUAUCACACAACAAAAUCUUCUAGAUUACACAUUAUUUUAUAGAUCACAGGUUUUGUACACAUUGCGCGUUGCAGUAUUUCAAUGUCUGUUUUUUAGAAUUGUAAAAAAGAGAAAAAGGAAAAAGUGCAAAUCCGAGUUGCAUGAAUGAAUGACUCAAUACAAUUCCCAGCAAGGCGCAUGGAGACACAGGAGGUUAAAAAUUGUUCGGGACUGUUUAUUUUCUCUCCCUUCAGCCCUGCCACUGAAAGUGAAUAAAUGACCAGCAGGCUCAUUUGAUAUGUACAAUAUGUGUAUGUUUGACCUGGCCCAAGCAGGGUGACCUGAAGGACUUCCUGGAUGUUUCAACAGAUUAACUGCUACCGAACAAGAUGUUCCGGAAAAAGUGUAUUUUUAAAUUCAGCUGUGAUGAAGAUCUGCUUCAUUUGUGAGUCAGUGAAGCUGAUUCCUUUUCUCUGACUUGUUGCUUGUUAUUCUAAUGCAUAGACAUUGACAAAUGAAAGACCCUAACAUUGUAACUCACUCACAUUUCUUGCCUACAGUGGUCAAGAUAAUGCCGAAAGAGGAUGUGUGAUGCAAAUAUAGUCUAUUACACUAAUUGUUAAAAAAUAACAAUAGAAUUAAAGUAGGAGACAUUUAGAUACAAAUAGACACUCAGUCACUUGCCAAACAAAUUCACAAAAUCAGGAUUUUUUUUAAGCAUUUCCUGGUAUACAGGAGGUUUUAAUUACUAUCAUGAUGUGCCAGCUCACAGGUACUGAUGCAUUUUAACAUCAACCAGCAAUGACUGGUUGACCAAAGCUGAAGAUGGCAUGAAUAUUAACAACCGAGACAACAAAAAAGUUGAUCACAAAAAAAGCUCCAGAUUAGCUGACAACAACUGUGAGUAUGGUGGAGCCAAUGCUGCAAAAACAGGUGUUACAAAUAACCUAAAUGAUGGUCAAAAUAGAAGAAUGAAAUAGAGCCUAAGAAGUGUUCAAGAAAAACAAAAAUAGGAUGAUUUAGAAUCACAGCCUAGAAAAAUAAAAGAUCAAGUGCAAGAGCAAAUACACGUUGCUAGUGGUUUAGUUCUUUCUGUCUAGAGAGUCCAGAGAAAAUAGAAGUUCUGAGGAACUAUACACAUAUCGUCAGAGUCUGUGUAGUCACCGUCGAUGCCAGAAGGGGAGACAAUAGUCUUAUAUAGCUUUAAAUGCAUUGAUAUAUAUCACAUGUAAGUUAAAUAAAUAAAAAUAGAUACAAUAAUGGAAUUUCAUUUGUUUCUAUUUAGCUAACAUAUUUAUUAAGUUUUUAUUCUUUAAAUGUUUAUUUUUUUCACAAUUACUCUUUAACCUAACUUAAUAGGAUAUAAUUAAUCUGUUAACCAUUACAUAUGUAUGCUGUUGAUUAUUAUACUACUGGUGUCUAUGUGUACGUGUACAUGUGUCUUUAGACAGUGAAUGCAUACACGGGUGUGGUUUUCAAGAAUUGUCAGUAUCAAUGCAAACCGAGUGUGAAUGGAAUUAAAUGUUAAUGUCAAUCAUGGUGCUGUCAGCGUAAGUUGAAUUAAAGUUGAAUUAAAGUAGGGAGAGGGAGUGAAAUACCCUUACCUACAACUUGUAUUUUAGAGGAAGCUGCUGAGGAGAACCGAUCACGUAAUAUUACAAGAAGUGAUACCUACAUAGUGACAUAUUGUUUGGGUUAAGUGCAGUGAUUUACCUACCGGCUGGAGGACAGUAAAAUUGAUGAGGCAUACCAGAGAUUUUCAAACUACAACUACUUCUCCCACACAUGUUCAAUACAUCGGGAGCAUAGGGUAAGACUGUCAGAGUUUAAGCUUUGCAUGUGCAGCCUCUUGAGGGUUAAACAGCGUCUCUAUAAAACUCGCUGCAAUCCAUCAGGUGGAGGUCUGCUUAUAUGAUUUAAAUGCGACAUGCGUGACUUUGUGCUGACGUGGAAAACCGUAAAAGAAAUGGUAUGUUUAAGUUCUGACUGAAAGUCACGUCUCAACUGGCAAAAUGACUUCCCGGAUUGCCUAGCAACCUCACCGCUCGUUUCAACAUGUCGAAAAGUUAUCACGUGUCUGUUUUUGCACGAAUUAAACAAGAUUUUGCAGUUCAAGAAAACUUUAUGGAUUUAGAGCUAUCAGCUAACCAGCAAACGAGUCAGUGGUGUCUCAAGUCCCACUGGUGCCGCAAGCACUCGGUGGACACACUGCACUGCUAGCCAAGUUAAAAAAUGUGUGACCCUGAAAGAAAGAACAAAUGAAAUAAUGGGAUGCUAGUGAAAGUUACUUCAUUCAAAUGCCUCUGCCUCAUAGCUGAGGCAUUUUGAACUGAUUAUAUGCUGCUAAAUCCAAUAAAUUACCUUUGCUUAUAAAAAGUACACAUUGAAACAAAUUGUACUACUUAAUUACUAAUGCUUGAAUGAAUGAAUUUUGUCGAAGUUUGUUAAAUUAAUUUCAUUUAGUGUCCACUACUUGACACAAAUUGCACCCUUCUGAAAUCAACAAUCAACUUCAAAUUUAAUAAUACUCACUCAAUGGUUCAGAUUCGCUUAAUUACGUCAAUCAAGUGCAAUACUCAGACAUCAUUUGCGUGCCAACAUUUAUUUUCCUUUAAUACUUAACAUUACUUGAAACACAACAUAUCAAGAGUGAACUGUAAUUCAGUGGGAUAUUGUGAUAUAUCGAUGCAGUGGAGAUAAACUAGAGCUGCUCCAUGAUCAGUACCGAAGACCAUCCGCAGUGAGAACAGUCACCUCCAGUUGAGAUGAUGCAACUGAGGACAGCGAUCCAGUUGUACUUAUUGCGUCUCUUUGAGAGCUAUACAGAAAUAAUACUUUAUUUUCCACAACAUCAUCAGCAUGGCCUGGAUGCCAGUGAACGCCCCAACCAUCAGACUCAGGGUGUGGAUCUGUCACCACUAUUAACUUUACCGCUACAAACAAUCACUGAACAACUGUUGUUGAACAUUUACUUUAUAACGUAACGUAAUUAUACCACAAGUUGUUGUUUUUGUUUGUUUUGAAAUGAUUGUUGGUUGCCAAAAAAUGAAAUGAAAAAUGAAAUAGUUGAUCUCUGUCUUUUGUCUGUGAAAUGUUUGUAUUUGCAUGUUGUCUGAAACAAUGUGUGUUGUAAUCAGUGAUUGCAGACAUUAUCGAUAUAAUGCGUAUAACAAACUAGCGCAGAAGUUAUAAAAAUGAAGUAGUUCUGGUUUGAAAUGCAGUUGCAAUGGGAAGUAACUUUUAUCAAUGUAUGUAGUUAAAUCUUAUCCGUCUGGGUUUUGUGUUACUGUAAAUGUUUGGUGAUGAAUAGUGUGCUGGUUUGGACAUCAUGAAAACAGAUCAAACGGAACAAUGCAAAAAAAAAAAACAUCAGUGGUUUUACAACUGAUUAUCAGAUUCCGGAACCCCAUGAGAACUCUCUGCAAUUGUUAAAAUGUGCUUUCCGCUCAUGUGUAAACAUAGUUAAGAAACCCACAGUGCCAGUAUGGGGUCGUGCAGUAUGCGUCAUCAUGCUUUAUGAAAAUGUAUCGCUUCACUGAUCCAAUAUUACUAUUUAUAUGAGGCCUGUAAUCUCGGAUGUUGACUCUCAUUUACAUUGUGGUUAUCUUUGUUUGCUUGAACCUUAUCAUUUCCUCUUGAAUCUCUAUUGCACAAAGAUAAAUAAACUCCC